CAUAGAAAUCUGUGUACACAAAUACUCGUGACGUAGUACGCAAGCGGCCUGUCAAAAGCAAUGGCGAUCGACUUGAGGAAACACAAAGAUGCGCUUUUAAAAGCGUAUAAUGAUGUUGUUGCGGAUAAUAAUAGUACAGAUUGGGCAGUUUUUACCUAUGAAGGUCAGACAGCAGUUCUUAAAGUGGCAGAGACAGGAGAGGGUGGUAUCAGUGACAUGGUUGAUGACUUAAACAGUUCCAAGAUCAUGUAUGCCUACUGCAAGGUGUUGGACCCCAACACAAACCUGCCAAAGUUUGUCCUCAUCAACUGGCAAGGAGAGGCAGCCCCGGAGUCCAUGAAGUUUAAGUGUGCUAACCAUUUGAGAGAUGUGACCAACUUCUUCCAUGGUAUUCAUGUGACAGUGAAUGCACGUACAGAGGAUGACAUGGAUGAAGAUGAUAUUCUGAAGAAAGUGGCCAAGUCCUCGGGAUCGCAAUACAGCAUCCACAAGGAGAAGUCAAAACCACAGGAACCAAUCGCUGCUGUGGGGUCUGUGUACCAGAAAACGCAGGCAGCUCGGGAUAUUAACAUUAAACAAAGGGACAAGUUCUGGGCUAAAACUGAGACGGAGGAACAUGAGAGACAGGACAUUGAGAGACGCACAUUGUUGGAACGUCAACAGUCGCUAGAUAGUGAGCGCAAGGCUCGUGAGGCGAAGGAGGCGGAAGAGCGGGAGCGGCAGUUGCAGGAGCGUAUGAAGGCCAUCAACCAGCAGAGGGCGGCAGAGAGACGUGCCAGCCAGUCUGACGACCAACAGCAGAAAAAACAAUGGGAGCUCGACCAGGAGCAGGCAGCACGAGAUGAAGAAGAACGUGGUCACCGUGCUGACCAGCUGCGACGGGAAAGGGCUGCAGAGGCCGAGAAGCUCGCAUCGGCCAAAACAUCGACUGCUCGCUCAUAUUUCAAGAGGAAAGAGUCACAGUCUGAGGACACAGAGGAUCGACCCCCACCACCCAGAAGGCAACUGAAGCACAAUUUUGGUGAGGUGGACCAGGAGGAGCCCCCAGCUGCCAGACAGCCCAUCCAGCUUCCACGCAAACAGCCUUCUCCCCCUCCCACUCAACCGGCCCGUGAGCCCUCCCCACCCCCACAGAGGCAGCCGUCCCCACCCCCUCAGCGAGAAGCUUCUCCACCCCCAAGGGAGCCAAGUCCCCCACCAAAGAGGCAACCUUCUCCACCACCUGCUCAGGCACCAACCCAACCCCCAGCUGGAAAAAACCUGCUGGCAGAAAACCUACCACCCAGACAUGGAGACUCAGAUGAGGAGGAGGCUGAUGAAGACUGGGGAGAGGAAGGAAAAUCAAAGCCAGCAGUGGAGCAAGACAUCCAAGCAGUACAGGCCCCAGAUGUCCCCAACCCCGAGCCUGCGGCACCUGAGGGCAAGGGACUGUGUUGUAUUGCAUUAUACGACUAUCAGGCUUCUGAUGACACUGAGGUAACCUUUGACCCAGAUGAUGUCCUCACACAUGUCGAACAAAUAGACGAAGGUUGGUGGAUUGGCACUGCCCCUAACGGCUCACGAGGAAUGUUUCCCGCCAACUACGUUGAAAUUAUUCAAAGCUGAUACCCUUCGUGUUCAAAGACUACUGGUGUCUUGAUGUAUUUGUUUCAUUUUGAUACAUUUUGGAUUGCUAUAAAUUUAGAAGGUCUUUUUAAGCUAUUUUUGUAUUUCAACCAUUUUGGCAAAGUUAAGUAAUUGCAAAAAAGUGUGACAUGUCUAUAUGAAUUGCUUCUGUAAACAUGACAGUUUUUAUGUUUUCAUUUAGAAAAGUUUUAAAUACGCAAUUGAUGGAGUCGUGGAUGUAAGCAAAAAUAAAACACAUGUUAAAUCCUUCUACUGUAUUAAUAUUUUGUAUACUGCUCUUUUCUCAUAAGGGGUAAAAUUAAAGCAUUCUACUGUAUUAAUAUUUUUUAUACUGCUCUUUUUUAUGAGGGGUAUUUGUUAGGAUUAUGAUUAUUGAAAUAGUAAACCAAGGUAAUAGAUGCCAUAAAUAUAUUUUGUAUAUAUUUUGUAUACAAUGUUGAUGUACUUUUGAGAACUUCUUUUCCUCCAUGUACUUUUGCAUAGAAAUUUAUUGUACGAACGGGUAAGUAUGUCCUCUUAUGAUAUUAUACACCUUUUUAUUUAAUGAUUUAUAUCCAUGAAUUUAAGUGACAGUAUCAUAGUUUGCAACAAAAUGCAUAUUUCGUACAAUCAACAUUGAGAGACUUGAAACAUAUUGAUCUUUGCCAAAAUAUAUCACUAUCCAAGCAAGUAUCCCGUUAUAAAUGUAGAGCGAGCACAGGCAGUUCUGUCAAGAGGAUUAAAAUGUAUUGAAGUAAUGACACCUGGGGAUGGGUUCUAUUUUCUUCCCCAUCCUAGUAUGAAUGCAGUUCAAAGUCAAAUAUUUCGAAAAAAAGAUUUGGACAUUUCCUGCGUGAUGAAAGCUUUCAGUGACCUAGUUUUACUACGACUCAGUUAAACAUUUUCCCUAAAAGUUGCUGUGAGAGAUCCCUUUAAUGAAAAUUCUAGUACUGGUAAAAACUGGUUUGAGUAACACAUGUAAUACAGAAAUGACUUUCAGUUAUAGUUUCUUAAUUGAAAAUAGCAGUCUAAAUGGAUAAAUGGAAAACCAAAAUGUUUUAUCUGCAUCUUAUUUCAAUGUGACUAAAGUUUGUUUAGCUUUCAUAGUAUGCUUUAUAGAGCUGAAUGCAUGGCCUUUACAUGGAAUCAUGAAAAUAAAGGAUAAUUAAUAUGUCUCAGGCAGCUUUUUCUAUCAAUUUGGCUACAUUGCACGAUUUUGGUUCUUUGGAAAUAAUUAUUACAAAUGAAAUAAGCAUUAAUGAAAAUUACCAAAAUUAAUUAAUUGUUUAAUGUGUUUUAAUUUCUUCCAAACUUGUUUCUUUAAAAGGAUUGUCUUUGAGGCAUCAUUUUCUUUUUGCGAUUAACGUAAAUUACUUGACUGAUGUUUCCAUAGUUCCUACGAAAGUCAACUGCAUUCACUGUUUCAAACAACCCAAUUAUUUAAAAAUACUGUCAUCAAACUUUUUUUUUUUCUAUGUUCCAUAAAGAUUCAAUAUUAGGAUGAAAUUAAAGCAAGUGAAUGUUCGAAGGCUCGAAAUUGUGUCAUGUAGCUCAAUUGUGUGUCAUUAUAUUACCAUUUUGCUAAAUUUCCAAUUGUUCAAAACACAGUGGCAAUGAUUAUGAUGGCAUUUCCCUUAAUUCUCCAUGGUUAUGGCAGUGAAGUGUGGUUUAAUACAUAUACCAGUGUCUACACACUGUUGGUGCAGUAUAUGUUGACCUAUGCAAAUGUUUGUGACUACUGUUCUCCGGUUAAGGUUUUGUGUUAUCAGUGUAUGUUUGUAAUUGCUAUGAAUAUUAAUAAGGCAAUUAACUUCUGAUUUAGAAUGAACAUUACUUGAUUGAAGGCAAUUAUGUACAGGUACACGAUAAUUUCCUUACUGUUCAUGUAUCAGGUAAUAAAGUGAUUUUGAACAAAUAUAGGUGUCUUUGUAAUACUCAUACAAGCUUCAUUAUCUGAGAUGGAUUUCGUACAAUUGUGCUAUAUUUGAGCAUCAUAUUUCAUAUAUUGGUGACACAUGAAUAUUUUAAAGUCCAUAAACAUUCUAUAUGUAUUGUCUUUGUCCAAUCAUGGGUUGUUAAAUGCUGUAGUAAUAACCUGCAUGAUUAGUUAUGGUAUUCAAUUUUCUGUAUCAAUUCCAUUAAAAUAUCUGUGAUAGUCAUGGUUUCAUCCAAUAAACUGUCUAUUUGUGAAUAAGGGUAGAACAUGUUAGAAUGAUCUUAUUGGUUAAACCUGUACGUAUUAAGGAGAAAUAAGAGAAUAUCUUUUUAAUAUAUCAUCAGACCAUUUGAUAAAAUAAAUAUUACCACCUCUUGAUGUAAGUAUUAUGUUCUAAUUCAUAUAUCUGUAAAAAAGGUGCAUAUUUAAUGAGUUGUCUGUUAAUGGCCUAUGUGCCAGUUAUUGGAUUACAUUUCAUUUGUUAAUGGCGUACAAGCAAGUUAUUGGAUUACAUUUUAUUUGUUAAUGGCCUACAAGCAAGUUUAUGGAUUACAUCUUAUUUGUUAAUGGCCUACAAGCGAGUUAUUGGAUAACAUCUUAUUUGUUUAUGGCCUACAAGCAAGUUAUUGGAUUAUAUCUAUUUUGUUAAUGGCCUACAAGUGAGUAACUGGAUUACAUUUUAUUUGUUAAUUGCCUACAAGUAAUUUGUUUACAUGUUAUGCAUUAAUGACCUAUAUGCAAGGCAAUGCAUUACAUGUUAUUUGUUAAUGGCUUACAAGCAAGUUAUUUCAUAACAUGUAAUUCAUUAAUGGCCUAUUUGCACGACCUUAUACAUGUAGCUAUUAAUGUGUUUGAAUAAAUUGCUAGACUCAAGUUUACAAUGUACCGGUACAUGUAAUUUUAUUUUUUACAGCUAUAUACAUGUUUAAGGAAACAAAGCAGUGCCAUGUGACAUUUAAAUCAAUAUUUAAUUAUCAAACAUGUACCUUUAACAAAAGAUGUUGUUUCUUUGUUGGUAUUCAAUUUAAUAUUCAUGUCAUUGUGUUUGACAAAUGCAUGUUUAUCUCAAAGAUUUUUAAUGCAGCAGUUUAAGAAGACUUCGGAAUUCAAUUCUGAUUGCUUAUUGGUUUAUGCUUACGGUACCUUAAAUAAUAAAACAAGAUUACAUGUUGUUGGAGUCAUUUUAAUUCUGUUAUAUUGAUAAACAAGAUGGAAUGAAAUUGUUGAUAUCUUAGUCCAGGAAUAUACACAUAAUGUUUAAAUAUACUGUUAAACUUAUAACUUAGGUAUAGCAUUAUUUUAACAAAAAAAAUACAGUUGGAGCAAUUUAGGAUGAUGAUAAAUGGUUUCUUUACAUCUAUCAUUAGUGUAAUAUUGAAAGUGAAUGAGAUGACAGGUAAUACAUGCAAGCCUUGUGAACUGAUUUAUGUUAGGCUUUUAUUGUGCUUUGUUUUCUGUUAUUUUGAUUUGCAAGCACAUAAUUUUAUAUGAAUCUGUUGAAUAUUUGAAUGCUUAACUCUUUUAUAUGAUAUAUUUCAUUCAUUGAUAAUUAUGAAAACUGUGUACUGUGUUGUUAUGUUAUGGAGGUAUACAUAUAAAUAUAAGAACAGCACAAAAUGUGCUCUAACUAUUUUUUUGCGACAUGUAUUGUACGAUAUCUAAACUAGAACUGAUAAGCAUGUGGCUGUGCCUAGGUAUUUAACUCACUAGAGCAGAUAACCCUUAGAUGAUAAGGCUUUCAUGUAACAUCUCCAUUGUUUUUAUAAAUGAAAAAUAUUCAAAAUUAUCUUUAUAAGAACAGCUAUGCACAAUAUUGAAAUAACAACCAAUAUAUACAUACAUUUGAAUUAACAACUGUAUCAAUAUAUGUUCAACAACGGUCGAUGUAAUUGGUAAUCGUUUCACCAAUUAUUAUUAAUGAUUUUACUAUCAGUCACUAACUAGUUAUCAAUAAAUCCCAUGGUUUCUGUUAUCUAUUUACACAUCUGCUACCAUUUUUAACUUUUGUAGAUGAGCUGCUUGCUGGCAUUUCUUGGUUGGACAAUGCUCUAUCUAAGCUUGAAUCGCACGGCAUGUUCUAAAAUCUGACUCAGCAUUUUGUGUCGGCCAGGCCAGGACAGGCCAUAUUUUCAUCCUCCGCUUUAUUGCCCUUUGCUUAUUUUAUAUUUAAAAUUGGUUUCUUCGCAAACCCUCUUACGUUUUUCAUGCAAUUUCUACCAAACUUUCACAGAUUGAUGAUCAUAAAGUGAAGCAGUGCAUAUAGUCUGGCUUUUGCGAUUUGACCAUUUUUGAAAGAGUUAUUGCCCUUUGCUUAUUUUACAUUUAAAAUUGGUUUCUUCGCAAAUCUUCUUACGUUUUUUAUGCGAUUUCUACCAAACUUUCACAGAUUGAUGACUAUAUUGUGACACAGUGCAUAUUGUCGGGCUUUUGCGAUUCGACCAUUUUUGAAAGAGUUAUAGCCCUUCAUUUAUUUUACAUUUAAAAUUGGUUUCUUCGCAACUCCUCUUACGUUUUUCAUGCGAUUUCUACCAAACUUUCACAGAUUGAUGACUAUAUAGUGAUGCAGCGCAUACUGUCGGGCUUUCGCGAUUCGACCAUUUUAGGAAGAGUUAUUGCCCUUUCUUAAUUUUACACAUUUCUUAUGUUCCUGAGAAAUUACCCUUACCAUUGAUUGGCUUUCAUUACAAAAAAAUGCCCUCAUGAGGCGGGGGAUAUAGCUGUCUGUGACCACUCUUGUAUACCUCAAUUGAAAACCUGAGUUUUGUGCAAGUUAAUGUAAAUAAAAAAAACUGUGUUUUAUUUUUAUAAAGAAUGUGGUUGAUAAAAAUAAAUUCAUUAACUUAUAAGAUAAAUACACAAAUAUCAGGUGUUCAAUUGAAGUAUGCAUGUAGUUUUGAACAACUUGAUGUUCAACUAUAUAACCUGUUAAAUAGAAUUUCUACAUCUUAAAUUAAGACAAAACAUAUAAAAAUGGUCACAAAUGAAAUACAUAUGUAUGUAACCAGAAAUCAGGUUUUCUAUAAUGAAUUCAACUAUGCAUGUAGUUUUGACCAAGCCAUAUUUUAUACAUACUGAUUGUUAAACCAUUUAAUAUACUGGAACACAAUGAUAUACCUUUCUUUGGAAAAUAAACUGCAUGUUUUAGAUUUUAGAACACAGAAAUCAGGUUUUCUAUAAUGAAUAGAACUAUGCAUGUAGUUUUGACCAAGCCAUAUUUUAUACAUACUGAUUGUUAAACCAUUUAAUAUACGGGAACACAAUGAUAUACCUUUCUUUGGAAAAUAAACUGCAUGUUUUAGAUUUUAGAACACAGAAAUCAGGUUUUCUAUAAUGAAUAGAACUAUGCAUGUAGUUUUGAACAACUUGAUGGUAAACUAUAUGAACUGUAAUGUUAGAUAAAAUUUCUACAUCUUGAAAAAAGAAAAAAAAAUCAAAUAAUCAUUACAAAUAAAAUAUAUAUGAAUGUAAAAAAUAAAAUAUAUGUACGUUAAACUUUAGUUUGAACAUAUUGAUUUUAAGAUACUAUUUGUAAACCCACUUCUGUGCACUUCAAAAAUAUAUCUGAUUAGUGUUAACAAUAUUCCCAUGCAUUCAAUUAUUAAAACACUUUUUGAUGCUUGUGCUCUCAAAUUGUAUUAAAUCUGGCCUUGCCUGGCCCGGCCUGACACAAAAUGUUGAGUCAGCAGGCCAGGUUUUAGAACAUGCCGAAUCACACUAGUCUUCAUUACCUGGCAAUACAGAAUCAGGAAUUAAUGCACCAUUAGAACUACUACAAAUUUCUUUUGAUCUCAUUAAAUCUCUCCGAUUCCUGUGGUAAAUUUGACCGUUCUCAGUUUCGACCACAUAUGAUCGUUCAUUGCGUUGACCAAUCACAGUAGCUGGACUCCAGGUUUUAUUAAGACGCUGAAUCCUAGCUGUGUCACCUACUUUUAAAGGUUGCUGCACUCUAGCAUUUUUAUCAUGAUUAUGCUUCGAUCUUGACUUACUCUCAGAAAUUUUGUUUUUGACCUUAUUAGGUGGAGGUACUUAAGGAAUCAAAUUUUCCUGGAGAGUUGGCAAAAUGGAACGUAAUUGCCUAACCAUUAACAACUGCGCUGGACUGAAUUCAAUGUCUGAGAGAGGUGUGGUUCUAUAUUCAAGAAAACCUAAUCUGGGAUUAGUUUUGUUCGGUUUUGCCAUUAUCAAAAUUCGUUUUGAGACCUUGACCAUGGCCUCAGUCAAACCAUUUGUCUGAUUAUGAUAAGGACUGCAUUUUACUUGUACAAAGUCCCAUGACUCUGCAAACUUGUCAAAUUCCUGGCUAGCAAAACAUGGACCCCCAACAGUCACUAUUUUCUGACAAAUACCCCAUUGCGACAUAAUGUCUUUCAUAUUGCUAAUGACGGUGGAACUUUUCAUGUUUGACAACUCAUGUACAAUUGGAUACCUAGAAUAGUAAUCUGACAUCACCAGAUAGUUCUAUUCAUCCAGUGAAAACAAAUCACACCCUGCCAUUUGAAACGGAUAUUCUGGUACCUCAGAGCUAAUUAGUGUCAUUUGACCUUGCUCUGGAUAAGCAUUUUUCAAUUCCCAGGUGACUGAUGGAGUUUCUCUGUGACCUAAGAAUCCUAGGAAUCCUAGGAAUAACUAGUUUUUCACCUUUCAUGACCAAGCCAUUUGUCACAGAUAAUUCAUCUCUAUAGGCCCAAAAUGCCUGAAUGCUGAAAUGACAGUCUUUCUUAUGCAAUGGCCAUGUUUAUGGUGUCCCUUUAUUUGCACAGCUGUUCAUCCCUUUCAGAUUGUGACCUAAUUUCCUCGAGUUACACAAUCCCACUUCCGGCACCAUGUUAUAUUAUGGAGGAAUACAUGUUAUAAGAAAUAUACAAUAGGGCAGAUAACCCGUAGAUGAUAAAGCUAUCAUGUAACAUAUAUAUAUAAAAAAUAUAUGGUAAACAUGUGCAAAAAAUUAUCAAUUCCAAAUGGACCUAAUCAAUAGAACAUAUUGAAAACUCGUUGAGUAAGACGCGUAUUUAUCCAAAUCGAACGUUUUUUGAUGCGGUAUUUCUACUCAGUAUUUUUUUUAAUAUACUUAGUUUAUUUCAUGAAAAAUUGUGGAAUAUUUUUUAAAAUGACAUAUAUUCACUAUCUUGACCAAAAAAAAUAAUGAAAACAUAAAAUAAAAAAAUAUUUAAAAUAAAAAAUUAUAAAAAAUAUAGGGUGGUUCUAAAAGCCGGUACCCGGUAUCGAUAUUGGUAAAAGCCGGUAUCACUGUUAAAUUUACCAAAGUAUGUUGAUACCGGGUUUUACGUCACAGACGGUACCGGGUAAUAUAAUACUCUCUUCAGAAUUCCCGGUAUCGAUAGGCCCGGUAUCAAUGUCCCCAACAAUCAACCAUAUGGCUUUUGAUAUUGUUAUGUAUGCAUGCAUAUUAUUAUGUUUAUUAAUUUUCUCUUUCACUUAUAUGCUUAAUAUGCAUUUAAUUGAUUAGAAAUAAUUAUGUCACAUGAUAUAUAAUUUAAAUUAAACUUAUCAUGUAAGAAGAAACAAUAUGUUUACAGUACUUAAUAAAUAUGUUUGAAUCAUGAA